AUGGAGUGCAACAAGGAUGAAGCUCUGAGAGCCAAAGAAAUUGCUGAGAAUAGAUUGCAGACUGGUGACUUUGCAGGGGCACUGAAGUUUGCUAUGAAAGCUCGGCGACUGUUUCCUGAUACCCAGAACAUCACUCAGAUCAUUACUAUUUGUGAGGUUCACUGUGCUUCUCAGAACAAACUCUCUACAUCUGAUAUGGACUGGUAUGGAAUUCUUCUAACUGAUAAAUUUUCUGAAGAAGCAACGAUAAAGAAACAGUAUAGAAAACUUGCACUGCUACUUCAUCCUGAUAAAAAUAAAUCUGCUGGGGCAGAGGCCGCUUUCAAGUUGAUUGUGGAAGCUAACAGAAUAUUGAGUGACCCAGCAAAGCGUUCUUUAUAUCACAUGAAGAUUAGCCGCCUUGCUGGAAUUAAAGCACCUCAGGCUCCAUCCCAUCACCAUAAUAGUUUUCAUUCACAGUUUCAUACUCAAAAUUCGAAAUUGAAUAAGCAGGAGACAUUUUGGACAUCAUGCCAACAUUGUAAUACUAAGUAUGAGUACUACAAAAACAUUAUAAAUGCCACCUUGCAUUGUCGACAAUGUCUUAAACUUUUCAAAGCUCGUGAUAUAGGGUCGCCGGUUGCACCAUCAGGACAAACAUCAUCAUUUUACAGACAUAAAGAUACUCCAAACCACGUGCCACCAAAAGAAGCAUCACAAAGUAAUGGUGGAAAACCUCAUGGUAAAGGACCGGAGGACAUGUUUGUGCCCCUUCGUCCUGUAUAUACGACAAAACCUGGGGCCGGAGAGGGGGCCUCUUGUAAAGUUCAAAAGAGUAAAGAUGACAAUGGGCCCUCUUCUAAGGUUCGAAAGAGUAAAGAUGGCCAUGGUACUGCUGGUGUGACAAAGGCUGCUGCUGGAACUUCCAACCGUGCUACAUCUAAGGCCAAGCCAUCACGAACACAAACAAAUGUUGGAAGUAAGAGAGCAAGGCAGUCAGCAUCAGCAGAUUCAGUUGAUGGAAAUGGCAUGGAAGAUAGCAAUGUUCAAGAAAAUGGUGUUGAUCCUUCUGGACUUGACACAGGAGUCCAUUCUAAGAAAUCUUCCAGGAAAAAGCAGCGCGCUUCACACACAGAAACUGCUAGAGAUGAUGAGUUUGAGAAUGGUGGUUUUUUCAAUAAGACAAGUCCAACUAGUUUCACCGCUGAUGUGGCUGGUCAGAAUGGAGAGGCGAAAAACAAAACAAAUGGCCAACCUGAAAAAACAGUUUUAAGGAACUCGAAAAGAAAAGAGACAUCCAGUCCCAAUAUUAUAUUAUGUCCUGAUCCAGAAUUUAGUGAUUUUGAUAAGGUUAGAAUAAAGGAUUGUUUUGCUGCUGACCAAUACUGGGCUAUUUAUGAUGAUACUGAUUCUAUGCCAAGAUUCUAUGCUCGCAUCAAGAAGGUUCACUCCCCUUUCAAACUGGAAUAUACUUGGCUGGAACCAAAUCCAGAUCUCAAAGAUGAGAUUGAAUGGCAUGAAGCAGAUUUGCCUAUUGCGUGCGGUAAGUACAGACUUGGAAGUUCUCAGGUAACUAGAGGUACUGAUAUGUUCUCUCACAUGGUGCAUUGCGUAAAAGGGAGUGCUAGAGGUUCUUAUCUGGUAUAUCCCAUGAAGGGAGAAACUUGGGCAAUUUUCAGACAUUGGGAUAUGGGAUGGGGUUCUAAACCUGAAAAGAAUGCAGAAUAUCAAUUUGAAUUUGUGGAAGUCCUUUCUGAUUUUGAUGAGAAAGAUGGUGUUAAAGUUACUUAUCUGAGCAAAAUGAAAGGGUUUGUUUGUCUCUUUCAGCAAACUGUGCAGAAUGGAGUUGGAUUAUUUUGUGUUCCACCUAAUGAGUUGUAUAGGUUUUCACACCGAGUUCCUUCAUUUAUGAUGUCUGGUGAUGAAAGGGAAGAUGUUCCAAAAGGAUCAUUUGAACUUGACCCUGCUGGCCUGCCUAAGAGUAUUUUUCAGGUUCAAGUUGGCGAUCCGGGUGAUGUGAUGGAGGACGGAAUGUUAAACAGUGGAGUCAGUUCUUGCAAGGAAUCCUCCAAGCGUAAAGUUGAUCAGGCAAAGUUUAACGAUAGUAUUCCCAAAGCAAAAUUGCGAGAAAGUGGUGGUCAUAAAAAAUCACCAAGGUCAAACGCAGAAAAUAUGGGUAAUGGUCAUACAAGUACUAGUCAACAUAUGGUCAGAGAACACGAAAAGAACACUAGCCACAAGGACUACAAUCAACCGGAGGGAAGUGAAGCUGCUGCAAGCCAGACCAACAAGAAUUUCAAGACACCACAGAAACCCAAGAGAAAUUAUCACGUGGAGACAUCGACAGUUCGAAGGUCACCUAGAGAUUUAAGCAAGAAAAAUGAUGCAGGAGGCGCUGGUGAAUGUGCCACUAGCAAGUUGGCUGAUAAUCAUUCCAACACUACCAAUGAUAUUAAGGAAACUGUGUUUUCUCAGUCGGUGGGAAGCGAUCGCGCGAGCUUGAAAAAAGAAUCUGGAGUUGUGGGAGCGAGUUAUGACUUUAAUAAGGAAAAAUCUAGGGAGAUGUUCCAGUGUGGUCAGAUAUGGGCAAUAUACGGUGAUAGAGAUAAUAUGCCUGUUGUUUAUGUUCAAAUCAAGAGGAUUGAAUCCUCCUCAUCUAAUUUUAGGUUGCAUGUAUCCGAACUUGAACCCUGCUCGACACCAGAAGGUUUCAAACGUGCAAUAUCCUGUGGCUCCUUCAAAAUCAAAAAAGCCAAACCCCAAAUUCUUUCUCCCUCAGCAUUCUCUCAUCAACUAAAAGUUGAACCCAUGGAGAACAGUAUAUAUGAAAUUUACCCCAAAAAAGGCGAGAUUUGGGCUCUAUACAAGGACCAGAAUUGUGAACUUACUUCUUCAGACCAGGAUAGAGGCAGAAGUGAAUGUCAUAUAGUAGAAGUCUUAGCAGAUAGUGACAAGAGUGUAGAAGUUGUUAUUCUGUUGCGUUUUAGCGGAUCUCAGCCAAUUUUCAAGGCUCCCAUUGUGCGGCGAUCUAAGACCGGUAUAAUUGAAAUAUUAAGAGAAGAUGUUGGUAGAUUUUCACAUCAGGUUCCUGCUUUUCAGCAUACUGGAGAAGACGAUCUUCAUCUCAGAGGGUGUUGGGUGGCCGAUCCAUCUUCGAUUCCUGGUUUUGCAGUGUAG